AUAGAGAAAAUAUUCUUUAGUUUAAAAAAUAUAUAAUUAAUUUUAAACUUGUUUAAUAAAUAUUUACUAUAUCAUAUAUUUAAAAAAUUAAUUCUUUCGAAUCACUUGAUCUCUCCCGAUCACCUUCCUAUUUCUUUCAGUGAGUUACUCGUGGGGUGUACGUUCUCUUCGCACGAUGAAGUUAAACGUGGCUUAUCCCGCUACGGGAUGUCAGAAGUUAUUCGAAAUAACAGAUGAACAUAAGCUGCGUAUGUUUUAUGAUAAACGUAUGGGAGCUGAAGUUGAUGCUGAUUCUCUGGGGGAUGAAUGGAAAGGUUAUGUUGUUAAAAUUACUGGUGGAAAUGACAAACAAGGUUUUCCCAUGAAACAGGGUGUAUUGACUAAUGGUCGUGUGAGACUUCUCUUGUCCAAGGGCCAUUCUUGUUAUAGACCUCGUCGUGAUGGUGAGAGAAAGAGGAAAUCAGUUAGGGGAUGCAUUGUUGAUGCUAACCUAAGUGUUUUAGCCUUAAUUAUUGUCAAGAAAGGUGAACAGGAAAUUCCCGGGCUUACUGACAACACUGUGCCUAGGCGUCUGGGUCCCAAAAGAGCUUCUAAAAUUAGGAAACUCUUCAAUUUAAGCAAAGAAGAUGAUGUGAGGCGGUAUGUAAUCAAACGUCCACUUCCUCUCAAAGAAGGUCAGACUAAGCAGCGCUUUAAGGCUCCUAAAAUUCAGAGACUCAUCACUCCUGUUGUGCUUCAGCGCAAGAGACAUCGCAUUGCUAUUAAGAAGAAGCGAGCUGAGAAGCGCAAGGAGGAAGCUCGUGAAUACGCUAAACUUUUGGCCCAAAGACAGAAGGAAGCUAAGGCUAGGAGGCAAGAAGAACUGAAGAGGAGAAGAUCUGCCUCGAUGAGAGACUCCAAAUCCUCUGCUUCUACUCAGAAGUGAUUCUUCCUUUUUUUUUUAAUUAAUAAAAAAACCUAUUGAUAGUUGAUUGCCUUUUCUUUAUUUUCCCAAUGAAAUAAAUAAAUUUUAUUUAAAACUUUUAAAUAGUGGAUUGAUGGUUGACUGUAGUGAAAAUUAAACAGAAGUUGGUUGAAAUGUUCAGUCAAAGAAAUAAAUAAGGGAAAGUUUUUCCUUAGCCCUGAUGAAGGCCUGAACUUAUGGCUAAAACUGCAAAAAUAAAAUUAUUUUUUGUUGAAUUGAAGUUAUUUAUUGAGUAUUCUUAUCGUUCUUUAUCAAUAAUUAGCUUUACCCGGCCUUGCGCUGCUGUGGCUCAGUCUGGCAAAUGGAAAAGAAAGAAAAUAGAAAGCACGUAUUGAGUGGAUUAAUACCAAAG